AUGACGAAGAAAGAGAAAUUCUACAUGAGUGAGUGUUUAUUUACUACCACAGGAAUCACUUUGAACUCUUCUAAUCCUAGUGGAAAUGCUUUUCUCAAAAUAAACCCAGAUCAUAUUGGGUUUUAUCGUGUAAAUUAUGAAGUAGCAACUUGGGACUUGAUAGCUGCAGAGCUCUCCUUGAACCACAAGACAUUUUCUUCAGCAGAUCGUGCAAGUCUUAUUGAUGAUGCUUUUGCCUUGGCAAGAGCUCAACUUCUAGAUUAUAAGGUGGCUUUGAACUUGACCAUGUAUCUCAAAAAGGAAGAGAAUUUUUUACCAUGGCAGAGAGUCAUUUCAGCUGUAACCUACAUCAUUAGCAUGUUUGAAGAUGAUAAAGAGCUAUAUCCUAUGAUUGAGGAAUACUUCCAAGGUCAAGUGAAGCCUAUUGCAGAUUAUCUGGGAUGGAAUGAUGCUGGAGACCAUGUCACAAAGUUACUCCGUUCCUCUGUGUUAGGGUUUGCGUGCAAGGUGGGAGACAGAGAAGCCUUGAACAAUGCUUCCUUUUUAUUUGAGCAGUGGCUAAAUGGGACCAUAAGUCUUCCCGUAAAUCUCAGGCUCCUGGUGUAUCGGUAUGGGAUGCAGAACUCUGGCAAUGAGAUUUCAUGGAACUACACUCUUGAGCAAUACCAGAAAACUUCAUUAGCUCAAGAAAAAGAAAAACUGCUUUAUGGAUUAGCAUCAGUGAAGAACGUUACUCUUUUGUCAAGGUAUUUAGAUUUGCUCAAGGACACAAACAUUAUUAAAACUCAGGAUGUGUUUACAGUCAUUCGAUAUAUCUCAUAUAACAGCUAUGGGAAGAACAUGGCCUGGAAUUGGAUACAACUCAACUGGGACUAUCUAGUCAACAGAUUUACACUCAAUGACAGAAACCUUGGCCGAAUUGUCACAAUAGCAGAGCCAUUCAACACUGAACUGCAACUGUGGCAGAUGGAGAGCUUUUUUGCAAAAUAUCCGCAAGCUGGAGCAGGAGAAAAACCUAGGGAACAAGUGCUGGAAACAGUGAAAAACAAUAUCGAGUGGCUAAAACAACAUAGAAACACCAUCAGAGAAUGGUUUUUAAAUUUACUUGAGAGUGGUUAAUGUGUUCAAAUGUUAGAGUUUAAUUUUGUGAAUCUAUUAUUUCUCCUCUUAAGCAUUUGGUGGCCUAAUUUACAAGCACGAUGGAGAGAGCCUUAUAAACAGAUAAUGUUUUUACUAAGCACUGUGUUUAUAUGUCUUGCAAAGCCUUUAAAUUGUUCCUCUUUGUUUAUGAAGAAAGAUACUAAUAGAGUAUUUAAUAUACUCAGGGAUUUCUUCUAAGUGUACUUCAUAGGAGAUUCUUUACAAACUGAAGAUAAUGUAAUAGUUAUUUUAAUAUCUUUAAAUAUCAUUCUUUGUAUCUUAAAUCUGUGAAGUAGAACAAUUUGGUCUUAGCUUUACAUUUUUAGUACCAAAGAAACACCACUUAAUCUUCUCUCUUGAUUGAUUUUUAAAGUUUAAAUACCAGUACUUGAGGGACCAAUAUUACCAUCUUAAUCUUUAUUUUAUUAUUCAGAAUUACACAGACCUAAUAUCAUUUUAUUCACAUAUGUCUUACUACUUUAAAUCCUACCAAAGUAACCUGGGCUUAAGUUUUACUUGAGGAUCGCAUGAAUUAGCCAAAAGAAUGGCUGACUGUUGCCUUUGCUCUUAUAAAAUCAACAAGAGAACUCUCCUCUCCUUUUAAAAAUAAAUCUAAAUGAUUAUCUUGAAAAAGUAUUGUUUUCCAGUGUCACUUUACUCUUGAAUAAAAAUGACUGCAGUGUUCCCCAUAUAAUUUAACACAUUGCAAAUAUGAUUCAAGAA